UUCAAUGUCGAGACCCCGUGGGAAAUAGCGCAGUUUCUUGUUGGAGAAGACAGCCGAGUCGCCUCAGUGCAGUGUUAAGUGCGAGAGGGAUUAUACAAACUUGAAAAUGCGGCUAUUUUUGGUCAUCUAUGUUCUCAUACUGAUGUUUGCGCUGACUCGAGCCAAGCAGAGGGCCGAAGUGCAAAAGUCACAAAUCACGAAACUGGAAGUGGUAAACCUCGGCGAGGUCGAAGUUAAAUCUGAUUUGAAGCAAUCCGACGUCCAGCGAAAACGAGACUCCGGAUACACCUACAACAGGCCGAAUCGUGUCUCUCCAAAUGGUCGGUUUCGCAUCCAAACGCAUCCGUCGAGAAGUCAAAUCGCAUUUAAAGUCCCUGGACAGUUAAGCAGACCAUUUAUGCAAUAUGGACCGCCGAGUCACUCAACUUCCGGUUCGGCGACACACGAAUAUCAUGCUCAGCAACAUGGAAACCAAUUGCAGUAUAACGUCAAUCACCAGCAAUCGGCCAGUAUCGGUGGAACAGGACCGAUGGGACAAGAAGUACCGAGCCCGAUCAGAAACGUCGAUUUCGCGGAGGUGAAUCCGUUCGCUAGUCAGAAUGACGUGCCGUUUGGCACAAACACCGCUAAUUAUCUACCGCCACAGAAUCAGAAGCUGCCGAUUUACUCUUCAACGAACAAUUUCGACUCGCAAAGCAUUUCGGGUCAGGUUCACGGCACGAGCUCGCAGAGCCAGAACUUCGUGCAGGCUCAGAAUCAUGAAAUUUCCGACGCCGCGCUUUUCCUGUCCGAGAACGCGCAGGCGAUCGAGCAACUUUACGGCGCACCCGCGAGCCAUCAGGACUUCGCGCCUGGCAACGAUCAAUUUCACGAUAUCGGUAAUCCGAUUGGUAAUCUGCACAGUCAAUUCGAGAGUACUUCGCAGAACCCUGAGGGAUUCCGUGGCGCGUUGCCGUCAUACGCGUCGGGUACGCUCGAUCCUCGAAAGACCUUGGAACAAAUUCAGUCCCUAGAGAAAGAUCGGCUGAUCGUGCAAUUGCAGCAGGCCCUUGCCCAGGCUCAGACUAACCCGAGCGCAAACGCGGCGGGAAGAUAUGCUCAGAACCAAGCGGGCUUCGUUCAGAAUCAGCAACUUCUCGCCUCCAUAAGUCAGCAAGUGAACUCACAUAUUCCCACGACGCCGCAGUCUGCAGCCUUUGGCCCUGGGAACACCGCCUUCAGUCAGUCUACCUUUCUACCAGAAACCACGGUCAACCCCUUGGGAUUCCCCGUUAACUACGGUGUUCCGACCACCACGCAAACUCCGACUACAACAACUACCGCCGGAAUACUCACUACGCAAUCCCCAUUGCAACCAUCCAAGGGUGAUGGUAUCGUCCAAGUUGUGUCAUCGCAAACCGCUUCUAACCAGCCUGGUUCUUCCGCGACUGGAUCUCCCACGGGAGUCCCCCUUUACGGUGGAUUCGUGCCGACCUUCAUCACGGGGACCAGUUUGAUUCCCAACUACGGUACCAACAUCUUUACGUCCGGUCCCCUCAAACCCGUGCAAUCCCCCGACGCAUCCCCCACCCAUUUCGGGAUACCGAUUCCCACGGAACCGCCGCAGAAACCGACAUCAGGACCGGCAUCCUCAACCCCAGCGACAAUACCGUCUCUUUCAUCGUCCAAUCGACCGGGGAUCACGCUGACAUCGGCGGCAAUCGCGCCGGUGGCCCUGCCAAUUCAACCGAUACGACCUGUUGCUCCUCUCGCGACGCCGGUACAUCCGAUCGCCGCUUCCUUGUUGCCGGCGAAUCCCACACAAGUGCAUCCGGUGCAAACCACCCCUGCCGUAACGUCCAGCGUGCAACAUGCGUAUGGUGUGCAGACCGCAUUGAUCAAUCCUGUUCUCUAUAAACCGGUUAAAGCGGUCUACCCGCUGUACUACUAUCCCGUGAACAUCGCAUAUCAGCUGCAGAAGCCUACCUCGCCGAGUUACCCGUGGAAUUACGCGCCUUCGUACGCGACGCAGACAGGACCGGCAAAAAUAUGGAAAUGAGGUGUCCCCGUUCAUAAACAGAUCGCAAGCCGAUCUGCGGUAUUGUGGCUGACUGUCUACUCGCGUGGAAAAGAGAGAAGGGGAGUUUGUAGAAGAAAGUACGGUAAAGGAGAGUCACUAUCGCAAUCGUGUGAUUUGGAUUUGCUAAUGACGUCGCGCUAGAUCGUCUGCUAAACUUUUUCCACGUAAACGAUUUCAUUUUCUUCUUUCGGUAAGAGUUUCAGGCUGACAAAAAGAAUUGUUCUUUGCAAAUCAACCGUUACAAUUGCAAGUUUUAUUUGUUUCCGUUGACAUCGAAUGGCUCUGGAUUGCAUAUUGAAUUGCAUUGCUAUAAAACUUGUAAAUUGUUGUCCAUGAUAUAAUUCAAGUUCCGUAGCUCAUAUUUAUCUACAAGAAUUUAAAUAACAAACUUAAUUUCUAUUGAAUCUAUCAUAAACGAUUACGCAGAAUUAAAUUGAAAAUUAUGCAAUUGCCAACAGUUUCUUCAACAUCCGUAAUUUAUGCACAGUCUUGUAAACAAUCGCAUCGGAAAUUUGAGUGAUUACUAUAUAAGUUCAAAUUACAUACGUAAUUCUAAUCUGUCAAGACUUGCGUUUAUAAUAUUACAAAUUUUAGAAAACAAUUGUUUUUCUCCGCCUUUGUGGAUUUUAUAUAGCAUUUAGUAUCUCAGCGUACUUGAGUUUCUCGCUGCUGAGGAGAGUAACUACGAUGAUUGUUCAAUACACGCCUCGUAGAUCCACUGCGUCAUCUGUCAUUGCGCAUCCGCUGAUUUCGAAAUUCAUCAUCGAGAAAGUGACAAGCAGGUGAUAAUUAGCGCAGUUGUCUCAUUGGAAUUGGGAUACUGUGGUAAGAAUGUCAAGCGAGCAUUUCCAAGCAUUACUCGCCGUUUCGAGUUGCUGACAAUACGUAAAAAGAAAUUUUCUAUUCAUACGAACGUUUGAAGAUGUUAUUUAUAGAAUAGGAAUAUUCGUCGAUUUCUCUUAAGUACAGUGUUCCUUUUACGUUUUCCUUACCUUCGGAUUGUAUUAACUAAUGUUAUGUGUGUGCGCGCGUGGGCGUGAGUGUAUGUGCAUAUAAUUUACUAAACAAUUUAAUUAUAUUAUAUGAAUGAUGAUUGCGGAAUUUCGUGCGUACUUUUUCUACCGUCUCAGAUUUACUUUCGAGCACAUGU